UACACAGUGUUUUAAGCCCAUCGUCUUUUUGAAUUUCCGCCCCUUUCCUCCAUAUUCUCUCUCCAAGAAGGUAGGGUUUCAAAAUCUCAGGAGCACGAAGAGGAACUGGAAUGGAAAUUGAAUGAUCUGAGUUGCGCUCUUUCCCAGUUUCGGCGACGCAUUCUUGUUCGUACAGAUCUCAGAAUUUGAUGCGAACAGAAGAAUUCAAAAAUUCUGGACUCAUCCUAUCGCUUUAAAACCCUCGCGUAAAAGCCACAUUCUCCCUAUCAACGCCGCUGGAAUCAUGAACUUCUCGGAUCCAUCGACGGCACUUAUUGCCGCUGCCGGUGGUGACACCGUCAAGCUCUUCGACGUCUCCGUUGAGCCUGGCGAUCCUUGCACACUGAGCUACACUCCUUCGCCAGGCUUCCAAGUCAACUCGGUUAAGUGGAACCACACUAAUUUGGUUGUGGCGAGUGGGGGAGACGAUAAGAAGAUUUCGCUGUGGCGGAAAAAUGGGCAGUGCAUGGGGACCAUUCCGGUGGCCGGCACCGAUACCGGAGACAAGAUUGAGGAAUCUAUACUGGCUAUUAGCUUUAGCAACAAGGGAUCUAGAUACUUAUGUUCAGGGGGGAGUGGUCAAGUUGUAAGAAUAUGGGACUUGCAGAGGAAGCGCUGUAUCAAGUGGUUGAGAGGUCAUACUGAUGCAAUUACUGGUGUGAUGUACAACUGCAAAGAUGAGCACUUAGCUUCCAUUAGUCUUAGUGGCAAUCUUAUUCUUCACAAUCUCGCUUCUGGUGCAAGGGCUGCUGAACUCAAGGAUCCUAAUAACCAGGUGCUGAGAGUGCUUGAUUAUUCUCGGAUCAGCAGGCACCUUUUGGUCACUGCUGGUGAUGAUGGGUCUCUACAUUUGUGGGAUACAACUGGUCGCAGUCCAAAGGUUUCUUGGUUGAAGCAGCAUUCUGCACCAACAGCUGGUGUUAGUUUCUCACCAUCAAAUGACAAGGUAAUUGCUAGUGUUGGUCUGGAUAAAAAGUUAUACACUUUUGACUUGGGGAGUAGGAGGCCUUCAUUUUGCAUUCCUUACGAAGCACCUUUCUCGUCAUUGGCAUUUAGAGAUGAUGGUUGGACCCUGGCUGCUGGAACGAGCAGUGGUCGAGUGAUAUUCUAUGAUGUUCGUGGAAAACCUCAACCAUUCACUGUUCUUCGUGCCUAUGGAAACUCUGAGGCUGUCACAAGUCUCUCCUGGCAAAGAACCAAACCGGUAUUGGUAAAUGAAAAUAACUGCACAGAUGAAACCGCUCUUCUAGGAGGUGCUGUUGAAGAUUCAAUCCUCAUGCCUGAUCCACUGCCUACCUUGGCAUCAUCAAACCUUUCAACUUCUAUAACAUCGUCUGGUUCUCGAAACCCUGGUCGUGCGGGUUCUUCUAUGGAGUCAUCUUCAACAUUAGCCACCACUGUUGGACCUACCUUAAGCUCGCUUAACUCCUCUACCACAGAAGAAACACCAUUAAAGAGUACUUUGUGGGCAGGUGGAGGUUUGGCUAGAUUGCAUGCACCCCGUUAUAAUUUCAAGGAUGAUAUGGAAGUAUUUUCCCCACUUGUUGAAAUCCAGCCAAUUACACCAUCCCUUGAUAAGCUAUGGAAUGAACAUGAGGGAGCAAAGAAAGAUCACCUUCUAGUUGAUAAGAAACCCUCUUUGCAGUUUCCUUUAUCUAGUAGGAGAUUUCCUCUUUCGGAGGAAGGGGGCAGUGAUCAUCCAAUCUUUGACUGGAAAACUAGUGCAGCUUCCAAACAGGAUGAAAAUCGUUCUUUGUCGCAAUUGGGAUCUACUCCUACUGCAUUCUCUAAGAACAGUGACUCCUCAUCUAUCACUCCUCCAGAAGCUUGGGGUGGUGAGAGAUUAUCUGAUAAAUUCACUUACCAUCGGCAUUCAGUAAAUUUACCAUCUCGAUUUGCAAUGAUGGGAUCCAGCAGUCUGAUGUCGGGAUCAAUGUUUUCUGGAUCACAAGAUCUUACUUCAUCAAGCCAGACAAGCACGAGCUACCUAGCAAAUUCAAGCUUGAGCUUGGCAAAUUUACGGAGAGAUAUAUCCUCAAAUCAAGAGACUUCACUGGGAUUUCUGGAGCAUGUUCCGUCUAGUUCUACAUCUAUUUCUCUAGGGACAAAAAGCACUACAGGUCAGUCUAACCUCGAUGUGCUGGGGUCAACAUUAACACUCCCACGAAGAUUUUCUACUUAUGCUGAAAGGAUAAGUACUACUCCGUCCUUCAGUGAUGGAACAUCUCUUUCAGUGGGUUCACCAAAAACAAAGAAAACAGGAGCUGAGACCAGGGAGGAACUUUUAAGUAGCUUGUUGUCAAGGUCAGACUCAUUAUCUGCUGCAGAAUCAGGGACUCUACCAUCAGUGAAUGGAGGAGCUCUCCAAACCCAGAAAAACCUGUCUCAACCUGACGUGCCACAGGGAAGUUCCUUUACCCUUCAGCUUUUUCAGCGCACUCUUGAAGAAACUCUUGCUUCCUUCCAGAAAUCUAUCCAUGAAGAUGUGAGGAACCUUCAUCUUGAAAUUUUAAGACAGUUCCAUAUGCAGGAGAUGGAAAUGUCAAGUGUGAUGAGCUCAAUUCUGGAAAACCAAGCGCAGCUGAUGAAAGAAGUUGAAUCACUCCGUAAGGAAACUCAGCAGUUCCGACAGUUACUAUAACCAUUGGCAGAGGCUUUACCAGUUCCUCGCUCUUUUUUCAUUCUUCUUUUUGUGUCUAGCGGCUAUUUCACUUCUGAUAUCUGCAGUUUGGUUGUGGUUUUCUUGUGAAUAAGAAAAUGGAGUAGGGUUUCGAUUGUAUCCCCAUUUGCAAAUGAAAGCUAUUGUAUUUGUACCUAGGGCAAGAGAAAAGAAAGAUAUUACAGGUAAAAGAGAAAGAACAUGCUGUUUAAAAUGUUUUCAUUGGGUUCAUUAACAUGUACAGAUGUGAUUGGUUCAGCUUGAAUGGGGUUUUUGAUCGAGAAAAGACAGGUGUAAACCUUGUCCGUGUAAUUUAGUAAAUCUUGCGAUUUGUCAUUGA